GAGGGAGGUCAUGUUUGUCCGUCCGUCCGUCCAUAGGGCGUUCGAUGAAUUGACUCUGCGGUCUAGUUUUUGUUGACAGGAGCUCGGGGUGUGCUCACCUGCCACCUCGGCUCUCGAGCAGAUGCCCUGCGCGCUACGCUCCCUCUCGUGGGCAAGCGGCCCCCAAGGCGGAGGUUGGUGAGACCACGCCCACGUGAUCUCCUGUCGCCGGUCGCUCCUACGCCGAGCCUCACCUUUCUUUUCUUGGCUUCUAAUGACCACCCGCAUUAUUCUAGCAUCACAAAGACCACGAGCCCUGCGUUUGCGGUCACCUCCCGGUGUAGCAAACCGGCGGCUCUGACGCCGAAAAGGCGAGAAAGGAGGGGGCGCAGGGGACUUACCCCCUCGUUUGAAUUUUGACCCUUGUCCCGCCCCCUCGAGCCUUGUCACCCGCCUUACUCGACGCGGGGCCCGCAUGAAAUCCGAGGUGGGCCCCUGGCAGCAUCCAUAGCGGUUACGGGUAUCUUGUCCGGACGCGGAAGUCGGGUCGACCCGACGCACGCCUUUUUUUCUUUUAAGAAAGCAGGGACGCCCAAUGGCCUCUCGACACGUUCCUCACCAGCAUUUAACAGUACAGCUUUCCUCGGCGGUUCUUCCACCCUGCUGAUCUUUCGGAUUCCGCUCCCCUUCAUCCGAAUCAUCGAUCUUCCCCUUCCCCCGUUCCCUCUCUCUGUCUCUCGUCGGAUGCUUGGCUUUGCAAUGGCUUCGAUCCGGAAGUGAAUGCUGCACGAGAAGCUCGCGUUUGAGCUCAUUAGGGAGUGGGUUGGUGGUCUGAACCGGGUUUUGGGGAUCUGAGUUCGGGAUGAUGCCACCGGUACCGGGUGGCGAUGGCGGGUCGUCUUUCGAUGGCAAUGUGACAGCCGCGGGAGGGAGUUCUCGUCGAAGUACCUCCCGUUUAAGUCCUAAUUUGCUUCUCGAUCUCGGAAGCAUUGAGAUCAGUGGGAAUUAGUGGUCCGGGCUCUUUUUUUAAUCGCUUCCCUUUCCUCCAAAGAUAAACUUGUACGAGUCUCGCAUUUUUUCUCGAGAUCAUUUCUUUUUGAGCUUUCUCGAGACGUUAUUUUUGUUGGGUUCGUCCUUUUCGAGGAAAAAACCUCAGGGGCUUCAGAGCUGCUGCUUUGAAGUUUCACUAUCAUGACGAAAUUAUUUGCUUUCUUUCACUGCUAGCUCUUUACUUUCUUUUUCGGGGUAAAAAGGAGCAUUUGCAUAGCUCUGAGGGACCGAGUGCUCUCUUCUUUUCUGGGCGAUGUCCCUUCAUCUGUGCGUAUCUAGUGUUUGUUGGAUAGAAGUCAAGAUUUUGGAGCUGCAUAUUUGAUCUUCUUGCCGUAAGUAAGAGCACAGAGAGUUAGAUUUAGUGCGCUCUCCCUUCGUUCUCUUUUCUUUUUUGGGUGAUUGAGGACUUGCUUGGUUUGAGUCGAUCCAUUCUGAACAGUAAUUAGAGCAUAGCUACGCCACUCGAUCCCAGAGCCUUCUUUCUUAGCUCUCAACCGUCCCUGAUGUGUAUUGAGAUGUCUUUUUGUGGAGUUUGCAACAUCAGGGAGGGUGGAUUGGUAGAUGUAAACUCUGGUCACGAGAUAUAGGUUUGUAAUCACGGGAAAAGUGCCGGGUGCUGUUGGCAUCCUCACCCGUCGGAAUAGCGACUGGUGUGAGUUUGUUAUCCGAGAAGUGACUCUUCUCUCGUGUUCUUGGAGAUUUAUACUGUUCACUGUGGGUUUAUUUGGCUUAAAAAGCAGUAGCAAUUAGUAGUAUCUGAGAUUGACUCUAGCGAAUCUAUGUGUUACUUAUAAUGGGUCAUUCAGCUACUGCCUGGGAUCAGAACUCGGUAUUGGAGGUGGUGAAGGACUGGAACGGAAUUGAUCAAGUGGUUCUUCGUGUGCCACGAGGAGCAUCUGCUCGGGUUAGUUUGCAUGGAGGACAGGUUGUUUCAUGGAAGAAUGAGCGGGGCGAAGAACUCUUGUUCACUAGCAGCAAGGCCAUAUUUAAGCCACCAAAGGCUAUGCGUGGAGGAAUUCCCAUCUGCUUUCCACAGUUCGGAAAUUGUGGAUCACUCGAGCAACAUGGAUUUGCAAGGAACAAAAUGUGGAGCAUCGAUUAUGAUCCUCCACCUCUAAGAAACGAUGAUGGCAAAGAAAAGGUUUCUGUUGACCUGCUGCUUAAGCCAUCUGAAGAUGAUUUGAAGUGCUGGCCACACUGUUAUGAGUUUCGCCUCAGAGUGUCUCUUGCAAUGAAUGGAGUUCUUACCAUGAUAUCACGUGUUAGAAACAUCAACGGGAAACCAUUUAGUUUCUCGUUUGCUUACCAUACAUACUUGUCUGUUUCUGACAUCAGUGAAGUGAGGAUAGAAGGUCUGGAGACACUUGAUUAUCUAGACAAUCUUUGCCAACGCAAACGAUUCACAGAACAAGGAGAUGCUGUAACAUUUGAAUCUGAGGUUGAUCGAAUUUAUCUUGGUUCGCCAAAUGUAAUUGCAGUUCUUGACCAUGAGAAGAAGCGGACUUUUCUAAUAAAAAAGAAAGGACUGCCGGAUGUUGUAGUUUGGAACCCAUGGGAGAAGAAAUCCAAAUCCAUCGCGGAUCUGGGAGAUGAGGAGUACAAGCAGAUGCUGUGCGUGGAUGGUGCUGUGGUCGAGAGACCUAUCACCCUAAAGCCAGGUGAAGAGUGGACAGGGCGCGUGGACAUUUCGUCCAUCCCUUCCACCCACUUCAUUUGAUCAUCUCCAUCACCUGGGAUGCAUGCGAAGGCGCACUAUUUUUAAAUGACAGCCUUCUGUACUGUGUUAGAUCAUGGAUGACAGUCUAUAGAAACAUAUGCAGAACAGCCGAUUAGAUUUGAGCUUAUGUAGCUUAAUUGUAUGCUCAUGCAUGUCCGAAACCUUUAAAUUUUGGCUCUAUGUAGUGUUAAAUAGAACAGCAAAAGCUAACUAUAACUAUAUAUAUAUAUAUAUAAUUCUAAAUCAUUAAAAAAUUGUUUGGGUGA